GAAGCUAUGGAGCGUGCCCUCCUUGAGAGGCUCCAACGCCGCCUCUCUCCCGGCGCCGCCGAUGCUCGCGGCCGCAUCCAGGCCCUAUACUCAGCCCGAUCCCUCAUCGCCAACCCCGAUUCCACCGAGUCCACCCGGCGCUCCGUCAUCGACGCUCUCGUCGCCUCCCUCCGCUACCACCAAGACGACCCCGCCUUCGUCCACCACGCCCUCAAGCUCCUCGGCGAUGCGGCUGUCCUUUGCCGCCCCUUCGCCCACACCGUGGUCGCCGCCGUUCGCCCCUUCCUCGACGGUGGCCACAGCCUGACCGCUGACGCCGUCGCCGCCCUAGCCUCCGUCGCGGAGGCCGACAAUGGAGGGGGAGGAGAAGGGUAUUCUCUCGUUGCGUCGGCAUUGGACGGCGUUCGCAUUCUUUCGCUUGCUUCUAGCCCCAUCGUGGUCGUUCGGUCGCAGGUUCUUGAUCUCUUGGUGCGGAGUGUGGAGAGGGGUCGAUUCUGGGAUUCUUUUGGGCAUCAUACAACGAUUCAAGUGUUCCUUGGGCUCGCGAUGGAUCUGUACCCACUGGUUAGAAAACGUGCUGUCGAUGGCAUAAUAGCAUUGCUAAGGGAAGCCGCAGGUGGCGUCGAUUGUUUAAUCGUGGAAUGCUGCUAUGAUCGUGCUGUUGUGCUUCUUAAGGACGAGGAAAAGCUCGUUAGAUUGACUGCCGUUAAGUUGAUCAGUGAGUGUGGGGAGCUUUUUGCAGCCAGCCAGGGGGAAACUGAGCACAGCGAGCAAAUGGAUGUGGUAUUUGUUCAACUUUGUUUGAUGGCAAGAGAUAUGCAUAUGGAAGUUAGAUUUGAAGCUUUUGUUGCGCUUGGGAAAGUAAGACUGGUACAUGAGACUGUUCUGUUACAAUCCCUCUCUAAGAAAAUUUUGGGCAUCAAGAGCGGAAAAGCCAUUGUUAAAUGCUCCACAGAAGGAACUAAAAUUUCACUGUUAUCAGCUGCUGGCGCUUUUGUACAUGGAAUUGAAGAUGAAUUCUAUGAGGUACGGGAAGCUGCCUGUAGAUCAUUGGGAAUGCUAACAAUUUUCUCUGUCAAGUUUGCAUAUGAGGCUACAAACUUACUAAUGGACAUGUUAAAUGAUGAUACAGAGGUGGUUCGAUUACAAACCUUGCAAACAUUAUCUCAUAUGGCAAAUUAUGAUCGUUUAACAAUGCAGGACAAACACAUGCAAAUGUUUCUUGGUCUAUUGGCUGAUAUUAGUCCCUCGAUAAGAUGCGUGGCAAGAAAACUGCUCCAGCUAAUUAAGUUGCCUGAUUUUGUAUCGUUUAGAGAUACAAUUGAUUGUCUCGUCAGCAAUUUAGAGGCAUUCCCAGAGGAAGAAGAAGAUAUUUUCUUCGUUCUGUUUUCUGUCGGCAAGCAGCACAAGAACUUUUCAGCCAAGUUAGCAAAAGAAUUUGCAAAAGAGAUAGAUCUAUCCUGUGGAGAGCUGAUUUUGGAUAGCCAUGAAGUGGCAGCAAAGUUAGUUUUAUUCAUCUCAUCGUCUUUCUCCAAUGGACAACGUACAACUGAUAUUCCUAUGGCUCUAUAUUCUUAUGCAGUCCCUUUUAGUGGAAGAAUCACUCAUGCCCUGAGAGGUGCUGUAGACCAAGAUUCCCUUUUGGCCUAUUUGUGUUCUUAUAGUAAAGAGAUCCACAAGAUAUGCACUUCAUCGAUGCCGAUUCAUGUUGCAAUAUCUGAUAUUACACGUAAGGGAAAUGUGCUAGAUUUUAGUAAAAUAUUGACACGCUCCGAGCAAACACAAGAGAAGUGUGUGUUCUUGAAUGAGGAAACAAUGCAGUCAAUAAAGCUUAAUUUAGAAACAGUUGGGAAAACUUGGUCUCUGAUGAAGUCACAUUGUACACAAGUAGUGCAAAACAUGUUAAGGGCUUGCAAAGAAGAGUUAGAAACCAUUGCUUGGAAUGCUGAUGACGGAGCUGCCAGUUCAUUUUUAGACUUUGCAGCUCUGUAUAUUCAAGUAAUCCAGUUGGUUACUGAAAUAUUGGACAAAUCUCUUCCAAAAAAAUCUUGCAUUAUUGGCAUGACAUCACUUGAUAUCAUACUGGAAAGAUUAGACAUGAAUCUCCGAAGGCUGAGGUAUGGCUUUUCAGGUUUGCAAAGAGACGAAGAAUGUCAUAUUCUAGAGUUGACGUUGCUUAGCUAUGCUUUUAGACUAUUGGAGAUUGGAGUAAGCCCACAACCUAUAUUGGCGAGGCUGACUUCUACAAUUUCUCGUUUGGAGUUCCUUUGUGAAGGACCAUCUAAUCUUUCUGAUUUUGCCAAAGAAGUAAAGCAUGCUUGUACUGAAGGCACAGCAGCCUUAUUUUCUAAUACAUAUGUUUUUCGUAAGUUACUUGAACUCUUCUAUCCUGAGCAGAUAACAUUUACUGGAAGAUUUAAACAGAAAAAGGCAGAAGUGUUAGUCAUUGGUAAUGAUUCAGAGAAUCCUCUGACUUUCGUGUCAGGUUUGCCUGUCGGAAUCUUCUUCCGUAUAACACUGUUUGAAAUACUAAAUAGUGACAGGUUGUGGCUCUUGUUGGCCGUGGGUGAGUCAAUUCAAUAUGUCUUUCUUGAUUUAAUCCAAUUUGAAGGCUGUGAUGCAGUGAGAAGCUGCACUCUUAAUGUUCCAUUUCACGGAACUCCAAAAGCAGCAUCAUUUUUGCUAAGGGCUUCUGUAGGUAUUGAGUGUCCAUCUGAAGACGUCACAAGCCACAGUAAAGGUCAGGGAGGGCCAUUAGAUGAUUAUGCUAUAAUCUGCAAGGAAAAUGAUGUUCAUUUUAUUAGUGUCAAUAACAGAUGAUAUUUGGAAGCUGUGAGCUGGGAGUCAAUGCUACAUUUCUGCAUAUGUUCUCUAUGGGGUAAGUCUGUGAUCAACUUGUGCAAAGCAACUAGGUCUGGAGUAACCAGGUGAAACCUUUGCAUGAUCAUCAAUAGAAAGAACUGGUGUAUACAGCGACACAGAGAAGCAGAUUGAAGCAGUGAAACAGUUGGUCAAUGAAUUAGUGAAUCAUGGAUUAUAUGAAGUUCUUUGUUAUGAAGAACUUUGCUAACUUGGUAAUCAUGUCAAGAAUCCAGUAUCGGAUGGGAGAUGCCCUCAGCAUGACUAUAUUUUCCACCUCAUCCUUCAACAAGCUUGAGGUUCCACCUGGUGCACCUCCCAAACAACAACCCGAUUACCAUAGACUAGAUACACUAUUGAGUAUUGAGUAUUGACAAUCAACAAGCAGUCCAACUUCAGCAGCAGCCACUUGAAGAAUCUUCUGCAUCGGCUGCCAGGAAAUUCCAUGAUCAACAGGGUUAUGAUUCAACACCUUCCUAUGGAACAGUGGACAAACUGUCACAAGAAGGAUCCGCCUCUGCUUAUUGUGCACCCCCAUCUCAGCUAGGUACAGGAGCAAACCUGUGGCUCUGAAUCGAUAUGGCCAAACAACACAACUGAUCCAUCCUAGUUAGUUAUGGGCAGCCUUCACAGAUGCAGAAGUCGCCAUGUACUCCGGUUGUCAAGCAGACUAUAUGCAGAUGGUUGUAGGCAAAAGCGGUCCUGUGGACUGCCGCCGCAUAGCCAACCAGGUUAUAGUCAGCAGCAGCACCCAUUGACUCAUGGUGAUGAUGGUUAUUCACAGCCUCCUGCAUGUCCUCAAGGACAAUGAUACUCUUUUUUAUGCUUCUACUGCUGCACCAAUUGUUUCAAAAGUAAUUGUAAGCAAGGCACUCCCAACCUGAUAUUGCCCAGUAAGUCCUUUGUAGGGUUGUGGCCCUUGUGGACCAUUUUAUCAUUGUGCUGGUUCAGUAUCUAAGUGUUAAUGAUAACGGGGCUUUGUAUUGUGUUUUACAGCUUUCCAAUGAUGUGAUUUAGAUUAUCAGAUUGCUGGUAUGUUUUGUUGUCUUUUAUGCUAACUCAUCAACAUGCAGAAUGAAGUUAUCUGGUGAUAAAAGACUUGGCAACUUCGAUAUUUAGGAUGUAUUAGAAGCUCCUGUGAAUUAUAGUCAAUAGGCACAGACGUAAAUAAAUUUAUUUGGUGGCAGAUUUACAGCCAGUUAGAGCCUAUUUGUUUGGACCACAUGUUUGUGGCGAGUCUGAUCUUGGUAGGAAAUUUCUAAUUUUAUGUUUGACAGUGUUAGGCAUUGUCUGUUCAAGUGGCAGUUCAAGUUCACCUUUUGUGGUCUGAGUGGUACUGUCUUGCACUAAUUUUUAGUACUCCCCAUGUUCCUGCUUUUUAUCCACGUUGUUCUGUAUCACAGUUUGCCAAUCUGUUUGCAGCGGCUAUGGGAUCCUAAAGAUGUCUUUUCUAAAAGUGAUGGGGUAGAGAUUGUUAUACCUUUUCUUGCAGCUUCCUGGAGCUGUUUCUUUAGAAGAAUCUUUUCUUUUGUGCAGAUGUUUGGAACCGAAAGAUUCUGCAUAAUCUCUAGAAGGGGAGAAUUGGCCGAUGUGGUUUUGAGUUAAUGAUCAUUUUAUUGCUAUCAAAAACUUGCAUAAACCAGAAGAUCAUCGUCUGUUGCAUGGGACAGCCCACGCAGGGUGAAGUGUUUCAUCUCUCGCAAAAUCUUAUACAGAAGGUGAUUUCUUGGACUCGCAUGAUAUCUACAAACCAAGGACUGGUGACAAUGGCCAUUUCUCGGAGCGGCGACUGCAAUGAUAGCCCACAUGCACAGUGGAUUAGCAUUCAUCUUCUGCACCCUAUGUCUCGGCUUUCACCGACAACUAACUGGAGGUGUUCGAGCUGCUUUGACCUGCAGUCCCCAACGAAGCUCACUUGCAGAAUGGAAGGUAAUCUCUUGCCCUUAUCAGUAACCAAAUGGAAGUCCCAUUACCGUAUUCUUAUUCUCCUGUGUUCAUUUAAUGCUAACUUAAAUGUUGAGUAUACCCUUCAUUCCCACCAGCCUCUCUGCAAGUACACUUCAAAUCUCUUGCCAAAUCAGAACACAGCAACUAGACCAAGAAUAGAUAUAGAGAGAGACCAGUGUCACUGUCAUUGGCACAACUAAGCAACAGAUUGGAGGAAAGUAAUUAAGUUUUCGUGUCAAUCUCUCUUUUGUUCCUGGCAUCCAACUCCCUAUUUCUACUUUUUCUUGCGUCUGAAGGCUUUCCCACCUCCUGCUCAUCCUUAUGCCAUAUAUAAUCACCACUAAACAGAGCCCUUCCACUUCUAGGGAGAGGAGAGAGGUAAGAGUAUGAGCUCCGGGUGCAAGUCUUCUGUGAGCUGCGUCGACGCACGUCGGCCGGCUAGACCAACCUAUGUCAACCUCUACAGGUGGCCGGAGUCCGACGCCGAGUUCGUGAAGUCGAUGACAGGAGGAAGGGACGAGAGAGUCGGUGAUGACAACCUCGUCGACGGGAGGAGGAGGUGGAGUCCGAGCCCAAGGGUGGUGGAUAGUUACUCAUGCCGGCAGAUGUACCUAAGGAGCUACACCUUCUCCAAGGAGGAGACCGCCACGGAGAAGGCACGACAGUGCCUCGGCAAGGCUAAGCGACGAGCUGUCGUCCUGUUCCCUUUUCUCCAGCAGAAGACCGAGGGCCGCAGCUGUGUUCCUGCUCAUGCUGAUACCAAGAUGAGCAGACGUCGCAGCAGGAGGAAGGAGAAGAAGCGAAAGGUCUGCGGAACAGAUAAGAAGCCAAGAGAGAUCUCUUACUCCGCACUGUUCUCCAUUUUCUUCCGGUUCCUCUUCUGCACCUCCAGCGUCGAAGUAGUCGACAGAAGGUGAAUCAAAUCAAAAAGGUUGAUGAUAAACUCUUUUCCAGCUCCAAAGAAGGUGAGUUCUUGGAUCUAUUCUAUCUUAUAUUCUACUCUCAAAAUUACGUGUUUUGCAUCUAUCUUACUAAAGAUCAAAACUAAGAGUGAGAAAGAGUCUUAGUGUUUCCAGUUCCUGCUUGAUCAAGAGACUCAGCAAAACUGUUUUCAUACUCA